CAGAUACACGCACACACACACACACACACUCCCACACACUAGCCUACCCUAGAGACCGUUGCUAAGGCCCUGAGCCCGCCCUGAAAGGUGUGUCUGUUGUUAGAUUAGCCAGGCUACCUACUGUCUGUUUUUACAGCUGCAGGGAGCUGAAGUUUACACACUUUCCUCCGGCUGUAAACGUCUCAGAUGGACUUCAGCCUCAGCAGCGUCGCACUUGUACUCACCUGACGUGGAAACAAUGACAGGAGAAAAACAUAAGGAGGAGAAGUAGAAUGGCAGCCUCCAUGAAGUGUGUUUUCUUCCUGUUGGGAGCUCUGUGCGUCCUCGUUUGCACCGUGUUAUUCUAUGAGCUGAGCCACAGUGAGCAGGCAGCAGGUGCCAGUGUUGAGGACGACUGGGAAAAAGAAGAAGAAGGAGAGACGAUAGAAGCAUCGUGUUCUCUGAGGAAAGUGGUGAGGAACAAUGUUCUCCUCAGAGAGAAGUUUUGGUUCUCUGCGCCGGUUCUUCAGUGGGGGGGGACGUUCUCCAAACCUGCGUGGGAACGUCUGAAGAACCGAGAUCCUCCGUACGGCUGGAGGGGGCUGCCUGCCUACGUUGUCAGGGCAACCCUGUCGCUGCUCCCCAGCUCCCGUCUGUUUGAGAGCGGCUCGCCGGCCCGGUGUGUUCGCUGCGCCGUGGUUGGAAACGGAGGAAUCCUCCGAGGAUCCCGACAGGGGAGGAACAUCGACAGCCACGACUUGGUCUUCAGGAUGAACGGAGCCGUGAUCCAAGGUUUUGAAGAAGACGUGGGGACGAAGAUUUCCUUCUACGGUUUCACCACCAACACCAUGAAGAACGCCCUCAGCUUGUACCAAACCCUCGGCUUCACCAGAGUCCCUCAGGGUCCGGUGAGUCAGGGACGGGACAGAGCCACCCGCAACGAGACGGGCCGGUCACGGGACAACGGGCCCCUGGGCACAGACACCGGAAAGGUCCCCCAUCGUGGUGAGAUAAAAUACGUCUUCAUCCCGUCAAACCUCCGAGAUUACGUGAUGUUGGCGGCGGCUGUUCAGGGCCGGACAGUUGCCACGGGAACAGACAAGGGGGACAGGCCCUGGAAGUAUUUCGGUCACAAGCCUCCUGAGAACUUCAAGAUUCUCCACCCAGCUUUCAUUUCCUACGUGACUCACAGUUUCCUGUCGUCUCCACUGCUGACCGAAGCCAGGACUCGUCACCUGUACAUGCCGAGCACCGGUCUGAUGCUGCUCACCGCCCUACACACCUGUGACCAGGUGUCUGCCUACGGCUUCAUCACCAGGAACUUUGCAUCCUUCUCCGAUCAUUACUACGACGACGCCAUCAGGCCGCUGCGCUUCUUCGCCAACCACGACCUGCGGAUGGAGAGCUGGCUGUGGGAGGAGCUGCACCGCCGGGGGGUCAUCCGGCUGUACCAGCGGCAGGGGGGCAGCUAGAGGCCAGGCGUUCAGAAGUCCUCUACAACAGGCUUUAAGACACACACGCACGCACACAGACAGACAGACAGACAGACAGACACAGUCAAUCAGUUUAGGGACAUUUUAAGUCCCACUCUCAUGUCAGAUAUAGAAGAGAUUCCCAGAGAUCUUCUGCUGUAAACUGUACCAACAAGAAACAGCCCUCAGAUAUUGUUAUAAUGCAUAUUUGCACCCUGUGGUAUUAAUAUUUUUAUUUCAGUAAAUGAUGGGAUGACUUCGUCCCACUCUGGCUAACAACACUAACAAAGAUUGUUCAAUUUCAGAUGCUGAAAACAAAGAAUUGGGGCUGUUGUCACAAAAUAAAAGCAUUCAGGUAAACUGGCUGAAACCAAAACGUUGCAACUGUUUUCAUUUCCGGGUCACAUAGUUUAUUUUGUGUGUAAAACAUCAGAAAUGAAUGACAAAUUCAACGAUAAAGAGACAAAGAGCCUAAUGUGAAAUAUUCAGAUUGUUUGUUUAAUGCCAAAAUAUGACCCAGAAAAGCAGCAAAUCCUCACAUUAUGGAGGCUGAAACUUGGUCAUGUCUCAUUAGUUUUUUUAUUUAUUUUUUUAAAAUAAUUUUUUAACCCUGGUGAUCCUUUUAUUCUGUUGGUUUUCAACAUUUAAAAAAAAUAUAUUUUUAUUUGAGUUUUGCUUUUUUUUUUCUUCUUGUCAGCAAUGUUUUGUUUUUUCGUGAAUUUGGAGAUUUUUGUAAUUUUGUGUAUGUGAUGCACUUUUGGUCCGCAAUUGUCAAAUUAUUAAAAGUUAAGUUGUUUUGGCUUUUAAAAUGCCUCGCAUGAUUAAAUUUAAUUGAAGUUUAUGUUGUGUUGAUUCACUGUUUUUAUAACAAAUUUACAUUCACUACAUUAUUAAAAUACAUCACACGGUUGACUCAAAAAGAAAGAAAGACAGAAAAUAAACUGAAUGUAAUAAGUAGAUAUUUCUUCUGUCAUGUUUUAUUUUGAAAGUCUCGGCCAGAUGUUAUGUGUGUUUUUUUGUGUAAUU